AGGACUCAGCCUUCACAGAGGGUGAAGAUGCCUUUUCACCAUGUGAGAGCAGGGCUGCUAUACACAGACAACUUUCUGACCCACUCACUCUCUGAGAUCAGUGAGGAACAGUUAGCCCACAUCUCCACCGAAGAGCUCGAUGAGAUUCGGGAGGCUUUCCAGGUAUUGGACAGGGAUGGGAACGGCUUCAUCUCAAAACAGGAGCUGGGUGUGGCCAUGCGGUCACUGGGCUACAUGCCCAGCGAGGUGGAGCUAGCUAUCAUUAUGCAACGCCUGGACAUGGAUGGUGAUGGACAGGUGGAUUUUGACGAGUUUGUGACGAUACUUGGACCUAAGCUCCUCUCGUCUGACACCAGAGAAGGCUUCCUCGGCAGCACUAUUGACAGCAUCUUCUGGCAGUUUGACAUGCAGCAGAUGUCUCUGGAGGAGCUGAAACAAGUCCUGUUCCAUGCCUUUCGGGACCAUCUGACAAUGAAGGACAUUGAAAACAUCAUUGUGAAUGAGGAGGAGAGCCUGAAAGACAGCUCAGGAAACUGCCAGACUGAAUUUGAGGGAGUGCACUCUAAAGGAAAGAAUCGGCAAACGUGCGUCCGCAAGAGCCUCAUCUGUGCUUUCGCAAUGGCCUUCAUCAUCAGCGUCAUGCUCAUUGCAGCCAACCAGAUGUUGCGUAAGGGUAUGGACUAGCUCCGUCCACUGUGACCCCUGAGUGAUAUUACCUCUGCUCCACUUAUCUAGCCAAACAAGACAUAUCAACGAACAACUGAAUAUGUCGUUGACGUUUAUUGCUUUGUAACUGGGCUUGCAGUGAGCAAGCGUCCCACUGUGCGGAAGACACCAGCCCACUACUCUCUGGAUUUAAUGCACUCCAAAGACUUCUAUGCAUCCAUCUUUAAAGCAUAUAAUGAAGUACAAUUUUCUCAGAAGAACUGGAGCCAACACAUGGAUGUAAUAAGUCACAAACUGACAUGAUAAAACUCUAAUAACAGUUGUUUACCCUCCCUUUAUCUCUCUGACAGGAAGACACAAGGGCUCCUCUCUGGUGCCCCUUUAAUGCAAUAAGAUUUUGGCCCCCUCUUGUAUUUAUGCGUGUUUCUCUCUCAUCUUCUCAUCAACUCCAGACUACAUCUGAAACAGGAGUUAUGAGGAGGACGCCACUCACCUUCAACUUCAGUUCAUUGUCUGUAUUUGAGCAUGUGCAUGUAAACUUGCUUCAGUCCGAAUAACAGCAUUAGCUUUUGCUAUUGAGAGACCUUUUCUUGAUUAAAAAUGGAGUCACACAAUCUGUAGCAAAGCACAGUGAUUGAAGGAUGAUACCAUAUUUUCCAAACAAUAAGUUGCUCUGGAGUAAAAAGGUAUGUCUAUGAGGAAAGUGUAGGAUUCGAAUAUAUACGUUUUAUUUCUGAUACCUAGCUAUACAGGUGGUCAAGUUAACAAACAGCGCACGUGUUAUUUUAAUCUGCCUCUAUGCAGUUCAGUUGCUUUUAAGCCACCAAGCGCACCAACAGUUCAACAGGAAACCUUCUGUCAGACAAUAUUUAUUUUUAUGGCAUCUUUACAAGCGUACAGAUUAAGGGUCAUACAGGCAACAUGAUUGACAGACAGGCAGAAAUGCCUCUUUAUCCUGAUUGGUUGGAUGCUGGUGGUCCACAUCAUUUGGAUUUUCUUUCAUUUACAGAGCCAUGGUGCAUCUCAUCUGCUCAGAGGUGAGACCAAGGGUUUCACCUCUGAGCAGAUAUUUAAUUGAAUAUGAAGAGAACCAUGACAGAUAUCAGGGUCUUGGUGUAUAAAUCCCUGAGCCCACCUUUAAUGCAAAACAUCCAGCUACUUGGUAGAGGACAUUUUAUUGUCUGGAAAAUAUGGUAAAUAGUUAAACACAGAGUACUUGCCAAUACCUGUAGAUGGAAAACUAUGUGUAGCUAUAAUAAAAUUAAUAGCUAUGUUAGUAAUUGCUAGUCAUGCUUGGAACAAUGUAAAGACAUGUCAGGGGUAUUCUUCUGUCAUUCUUUCAGAUCAAAACUGAGUAUGAGGUCUUCUAAAGGUCUGAUAAACAUUUUGUCUGAUUACCAGUAUAGUGAUUCACUUCUGCAGAAGUGUCUAUGACAAGUUUUUGGACUUUUUUGGUCCAUUUUUGAUUACUCAUUCAGUUCAGACUCAGGCUCAGUGAAUGCAGCAUUUAAAUGCACCUGAAAUAAACUAGUCUGUCUCUUACCUUUGUCUUUUUAUCUCCUGUUACUGUAUGUAACCCUUUCUCUGUAGUGAAAAUACUAUAACUGUUUUGAAUAUAUUUAAAUGUGUCAAUAUUCCCUUUGCCUGUUCACUCUGUUUAUGUGUAAUAGUGUAGCAAAGUCAUGUUUUCUCAUAUAGCACUGCAUGCAUGUCUAUGUAUAUAAUGCUGUAUAGCAGAACUGUCUGUUGGAUGCAUACCUGAAUGUCUAGCCCAUGCAUGUCAGAAACUGUUUCUACACAUAUGUGUAAAGCACUGGGUUUGCUGGGGGUUUUUUUUCCUUGGAAGCAAUCAGCUGUCUUCCUAUCAUCUCUCAUGUUGGAAAAGAAUUGACCAUUAUAGAAAGAAAUGAGCCAUUAUAGGUGAUUUAUGUAAGGAAUAAAACACACCAGAGCGUGCUGUUAUAAGAAAGUAAUCAGUCAUGGGGUUGAUUAUAUUGAUUGGCAUUACCACCGUGAAGCUAAUUAUUUUCCAAAAACAGCACGUUCUGAAGUGUUUUAUACCUCUUAUAGUACACCAGUUUGCCAACUAUUCAAAUUUUUAUUUAUUAAAGAACAACACAGCAUACUGUUUAUCCAUUUAUAGUUACAAAACAAGUUAGUUCCUGUUAUUCCUUCCCUCACAAGCCUCUCUUUUUUCUCUUUCCUUAAGUUAAUAAAACAACUUUUCAUGUUACUGAAAAACCGCAAAACCCUCCCUUCUGUCGGAAAACUUAAAGUUACAGCUUUACUUCUGACUGUUACAAAGUGCUGACACUGGAGACUCCUUCCAAAAAUGUUAAAUAACUGUCUCCUCACAUACUCCUCAUCUGUUUAUGUGGACCGUCUGCCUUGAAAGUCCCUGCGUAAGUUGUUACUAUAGAAACAAUAACGUGUUAAAAAGGAGCACAUUAAUAUAAACCUGUGAUUUGCCUUGCAGUCAACACUAUUGACAGAACUGCUGUUAGAGAAAAUUAAUUAAUUAACACCUUCUGACCAAUGAGAAUGAAGAAUUCAACAGUGCUGUGCUAUAAGCCUGAAAUAAUUACUGUACUUCACAAAAAGAUUCAAGAUAGAGAAAUGUUUAGGGGUGUAAAGAUUUACUGAAUAUCCAAGACAAGGCUGCACAGAUGCCAAACAGUGAGAAUCCAGCAAGAGUCAGGAGGCAAUGGCGAAUGAAUACAGGAAAUUGCAAUACAACACAUGCAUCUCUUUGUUAUUACCAUUAAAAUAUUAUGUAUAACUGUUCCAGCCCCAGUGAAGAAGGUGUGGCCUCUGUGCAUGUCAGUUCCUCUGAAGGAACCGAGGCUCUCCAACUGUUUCUGCACAAUUCUGAAUUACAUUAUGUCACAACAAAACAUCUCUAAAUUGUAUUAUGUAGAAUUGUCAGAUCUCUCCUAGACAGUAUUGUUCAUGUGCAAUGGUUUUCUCAGAAGAGUUGUAGUCUGCUGUUAAAGGAAUAAGUGGUCAGUGGCUCCACCUAGUGAGCCUUGUCAAUUUCCAAUCUGUUUUUUUUUUUUUUUUUUUUUUUUAGGAGAAAGCAAAUAUUCACCAUGUUUGCAUGCAGUCUACUUAAAAUGACCUAAAUUUAAAAGAUUUCAUUAAAACCAAUAAAAUAUGUUUCGAUUCUAUCAUUUCCAGUUAAUAUAACUGUAAAAUAUAUGCAAUGUUCUGUCCAUAUAAAAAAAUGUAUGAUAAGGUCUAUGCUACUGUCGUGUACCAUCCAUGUUGAUGCCAUGUAGUGGACUGAACGGCAAACCCAGUCAUUCAGUUUAAUCUACUCAUUACUGCCAAAUCUACUUCUGUCAUGGUCUUCAAUUACAAACACUCAGUAAAGACUACUUUUGGCUCUUUUUUUGACUGUAUAUGUUUUUAAAAUAAUUUUGUUUACUACACUUUAUUACGGUUUUUAUUUUGCUUAUGAAUGUUUUUUUUUCCCUAGGUUUUUAUUAUACUUUCAGGAUUUUUUUUUUAUCUGGUAAAGGGGACAGUGGGCUCUUGAAUAUAGUUUGCUCUCAAUCCAGAAUCCUCUCUUUUAGCAUGCCAAGUGAAAUAUUCAGAAGAAAUUUGUAUUAUGUAUUUAUUCUUAUGUAUAUGAUGUAUUUUAUUUUUAAGAAGUGUAAAAGGGACUGUGGAUAUGCAUAAUGGUAUACACUUUGCAUGCAGGCUAUGGAUUGACAGUAAAAUUAUAGCAAUAUGAUUUUUAAAUAAGAAAAACAAAACUUCUAAGGAAAUAUGAACGUAUCAUUUGUAUAUUGAAUAAAUGACCUAUACAGUGAAUGUGAAAAUAAACACCUUGUAUCAACUACAGUGCAGAUUCUUUUUCC